AUGGGAAGGUGGAAGGAAGCUUUAGUUGUGGAUCCAGACAAUGCGGCACUGUACGAGUUACUUGCGCAGGCGUCCAUGGCCGUGUAUGAGGACUUCCAGGCCAUCCAGUUCGCGCGUAAAGCGACCAAAUUGGCUCCUACCUGGAGUGACGGAUUUCUCACACUUGCUCGAUGCCAGCUGAACUUUGGCGAGUUGGCAUUAGCUCGUGAAGCUCUGAAACAGGAGACGAAAGAAAUGACGUCUGAUCGUCGGGAUAUUGAUCAUCUCCUCAUUAAACAAGAACAACUACAAGUCAUCUCUUGCUUUAAACACCUCAGUCUUCGCGGCAAGGCAAUUGAUAACGCGAACACACCGGCAAAUGAGUAG